AAUCAGGGCGCUGUCUCACUCAACCCACCGUCCAAUGGGAAUAGCGCGCGUGCAGGUGGCUUCGCUAUUAUCAGCGGGUCCCGCUUCCCCCCGCAGCUAAAGAGCAAGCGAGUCAAUUUAUGGAAAGACGAGCCGAGUCCUUUAAUGGUUUCCCAUCAAAACCACUGAAAACAUCAUCAGAGAGGCCGACUCCCGCGCGGCUUCCUGUGGCGGGCACGUUCAGUCUUCAAAGAGCUGACAGAAGCAGACCGACGACAAGCACGCGGAGACGUUUGUGGGAGUUUUCGAGCUUCUUCGCUUCUUCUUCCCCAGAGAGGAGAGAAGUUUUCCAGCAUUCCCAGAGUCUUCCUGCUCUUCUUCUUCUUCCUCCUUCAGGAUACUUCAGGAGAGGGCGAAAGAAGUGGCCUGGCUCCUUAAAAUCAACCUUCCAACUUCAAUUUUAAGUUUGUUUUUUUAUUUCAGUUUUUCUUUUUAAUCUGAGCGCGUCCCGGUUCAUGUUUACAAAUGUUAGCGGUCGGGCAGAUGGACGCUAACCGGCAGAGUGCGUUCGUCCUGGGCAGCACCCCGCUGGCGGCGUUGCACAACAUGACCGAGAUGAAGACGUCCUUGUUCCCGUACGCGCUGCAGCAGAGCCCGGCGGGCUUCAAGGCGCCGCAGCUCUCAAACCUCAACUCCCAGAUCUCCAUGGGUACCCCGCAUGGAAUAAGCGACAUCCUCGGGAGACCCAUCACCACGGCCGGGCAGCUGCUCUCCGGGUUCCCCAGGAUAAACGGUCUAGCGACCACCGCAGCCGCCGCCGCUGCGGGGAUGUACUUCAGCCCGGCGGUGUCGCGGUACCCGAAGCCGCUGGCGGAGCUGCCGGGAAGGGCGCCCAUUUUCUGGCCCGGGGUGAUGCAGGGUUCUCCCUGGAGGGACCCACGGGUUCCUUGUCCUUGUAAGUCCUCUCUGUCUCUUAGUAUUUACUCUCCAUGCAUGUAUUAUUUUUAAUCCUUUUCAUGUGACUAAUAACAUAAUUCAGCUCAGGAGCAGGCCUGUCAACACAGAUUUUCAAGUUUAUUUUAGACAUGGAUUUGAAUUUGCUCCAAGCUGAAACCAGAGUGAUAAAAUAUUAUUACGCACUGUGUGUUCGCCAUAAAUUCAUUGUACUUAAACUGGAAGUUCCUAUUAGAUAAUAAAAAUGUUAUUGAUACUUGGCAAGACUUUGAAACUUAUUAAUUAAAAACCUUCACAUAAAAAUCUGUGUAACACUGUGACAAAUAGUGUGUCAGUGAGCUAAUCAGACACACUUCGGUCAGUUUGGAAUUAAUUCUGCUAAUAAAGUGCGUCAACUUCUUCAGGCAUAAAUACUCUUGUGUGUAACCAGUUCUUGUGUUUGCAGCUCAGGCGAAUAUGAUGGUGGACAAGGACGGGAAGAAGAAGCACUCCAGACCUACUUUUUCAGGACAGCAGAUUUUUGCACUGGAAAAAACUUUCGAGCAGACGAAAUACCUGGCCGGCCCGGAGAGAGCGCGACUGGCUUAUUCUUUAGGGAUGACCGAGAGUCAAGUCAAGGUAAAACUACACUUCAGAACAUCUGUGUGGACAAUCUUAGUUUUGUGUUUGUGUUCCCAAUUUCACGAAAACCAAGAAUGUGGAAUCCAAGGAAAUUAUCUUAGAACAAUUACGCACAGUUUACGCACAAGAGACUUAGAUUAUUUCUAUAUCAUACCUCAUUUCUGUUAUUAUUAUGUUGUAGUUUGGGUCAUUUGCACCUGUUGUUAUUGGUUCGGACCUGUUGAGCAUCUGUGCGCCUCUCUUCUCCUCCUCCUCCUCCAGGUUUGGUUCCAGAACAGAAGAACCAAAUGGCGAAAGAGACACGCGGCAGAGAUGGCCACGGCCAAGAAGAAGCACGACUCUGAGACGGAGAAGAUGAAGGAGAGCUCGGAGAACGAGGACGACGACGAGUACAACAAACCGCUGGACCCAAAUUCAGACGACGAGAAAAUCACGAGACUGUUGAAAAAGCACAAGGCCACCAACCUGGCGCUGAUCAGCCCCUGCAGUAACAGCUCGGACACCUUGUGAUGCCCACACCUGGGGAAGGGCAAAGCGUGAAGGGGGGUCCAUUUAAAAAAAAACAAAAAACAAAAAACAAAAACAAAACAAAGAGAAACUUAUCGCACUCUUUCUGACCUCCUUUCGACCUGACAUAAUGAACAGACGCCUGUGGGGAUGCAUUUCACACAGAAAAAAGAGCGAGAAAUUGGAGGAGUUUGCUUUGAGACAUGGAAGACAGACUCACCAAAAUGUGACGAGCGCUUGGCUGCAUCCAACCCCCCCAAACUUUUACAGACUCUGAGUACUCGGAGAUGUAAACUCCUGUCAGAACUGGACUCAAAAAGGAAAAAAAAAACAUGUUGGGUCAUAAAAUAGCAAAUCACUUUUUACGAGACCAAGUGGAGUUUUAACAACAGGUGUAAAUGUAACAAAACAUUAGACAUACACACACCAUCCGGAUCAGUGUUGGGCUUCAUAUGAGUGAAGAAUCACCUUUAAUUCCACUUAGAGAUGCUUUAUUUGAUAUAUAUCAUGGCAUUUAUUAUCUUUUAUUAUGCGUAAAACAAUAAACCAAAACUCAGCACCCUGGAAGGCCGCGCAUUCAGCUCCAAUUCAGACCAGUUGAUGGUCUUUGUAAUGUUUACUAGAAUUAAAACGACAAAUUUGCACUCGCCUUUUAUUCUCAGUUAUGGAAAGUGUGCACAAAUUUUGCAUAAUUCAGUUUUUAAUUUUGUUUUUUUUUAAUAUGGUUAAAAAUCUCUAAUGCUCCGUUUUUACGCGUAAACUCAUUUUUUUUUCAGAAGCCCACACUGAUCCGGAUCUGGACAAUGUUAAAACAAUGACAGGUGUAAACGGGGCCUGUGAUGCUUCUAAAGCUCAGUUUAAGCAGGGUAUCCACUGUCCUAAGAGGCGAGUGAGCAGAGUGUUCAGAGGGCGUAUAGGUUUGUGAUGAAUGGAUGAAUUGUGCUGCAGCCUAACGAUGAAACUGUACGUGUGUAGAUUGUAUAUAUUUUUUACUGAAUAAGUUAUGUUCGGACGCGCUUUCUUUUCUUUCACCCCUGGUAGACCUGCUGCUUCCCUUUUUUUCCCCUGCCUUUCUCCUCGUUUUUUUUCACUUCAGCUCUGAAACAUUAAUGUAAAGACGCAGAAUGCUGUAAAUAAUCACUGUAAAAAAACACACAACAGCUUGUUUUAACACCACAGUUCACAUGUUUUUUUUUUUGUUUGUUUGUUUAAUUUGAAAUAUUGUUUUAUUUUUUUGACCUCAUCAGCACAGAGCGGAGCAGCAGCAGACUGGAGCCUCGUUUUUGUUGGAUGUAAAGAGAGUAUUAUCACUUCCAGGAAGGCUAAAGGAAGAAAAAACACUUUGUAUAAUGAAUAAAUUAUUUAACAAACGUUUUUCUUUUGUUUUAUCAUGGGUUUUGUUUGAAUGUAUGGGCUUAAUAUAAAUUAAAGACAAAUUCAUGACUAUCAUAA